GAGGAGGAGCAGGCCUGUGAGAAAGUGGACAGGAUUGUACCGCUUGGAUGGACUUGCUGUAUGUAAUGAGCGGUAGCGGCUGUGUUUUCGGUGUGAAGAUCCUGUAACGGCGCGCUAAAGUCUCCGGUAGGCAGUUGCGCGCGAGCGCCCUGGUGAGUCGCGAGCUGCGGAUAUAAGCGGAGUCUCCAAGCGCGAGGGAAAUGAUCCGUGUAGGACUGCUGCUCGACCUGCUCCUCAUCACCGGCUCCAUGUGCUCGGUGGUGCCACUGUUCCCAGACACUCUGGACUGUGUACGGGCUGUGCAGGAGUGCAUGGCCAAAUCUGAGUGUGCAAACCUGUACCAGCAGCUGGAGUACUGCGUAGAUGAGGAGGCUGUGGCUCCGCUGGGUCCCGAAACCCAACAGGCUUGUGCCAAAGCCCAUAAUUCCCUGCUGCACUUUCAGCCCCUGCAGGAGUGCAAGUGCCAGCGUGGCUCACGAAAGGAGCUAUUCUGUCUCAGAGUGUACUGGACUGUGCGGUUCCCCCAGGGGUACGAUGAUAUUGAGACGUCCCCGUACGAGGACAUCGAACUGGAGCUGGUGAGAAAUAAUGAAGCAACAAAACUGGCCUCCAUUGUAGCAGUCUCCUCAUUUCCUACGGAUGGACAGAACCAGUGUCUGAAGGCAGCUCAGGACUGCGGGCUGUUCGAGAAGUGUGGUGCUCUGCGUGCUGAAUACGUCCUGGCCUGCACCAAGCCGGCACAGGGUUCAGUCUACUGUAACAGACAGAAGUGCCAUCGGGCAUUGCGAAAGUUCCUGGAGCGUGUUCCUGAGGAGUAUAGUUUUGGUGUGCUGUUUUGCUCCUGCACUGAGCCACUGUGCGGGGAAAGAAGGAGGAAAACCAUCGUUCCCUCCUGUUCCUAUGAGGAGAGAGAACCCCAGCCUAACUGCCUGAACCUCGAGAGCUACUGUCUCCGUGAUGAUCUGUGCAGGUCCAGACUGGCUGAUUUUCAACAGAAUUGCCAGCCGUCCUCAUACUCCCCCUCAGGCUGUGUGCGUGACAGUGGAGCUGUGUGUCUGAAGGCCUACGCCGGAAUGAUCGGUACGAUCAUGACACCAAACUAUGUGAGUAACAGCAGUAUGGCGGUCUCUCAAUGGUGUAACUGUGAAGGAAGUGGAAACCAGCUGCAGGAGUGUCUGCGCAUCUUGCACAUGUUCAACAGCAACAUCUGCUUGCGUACUGCAAUAGAGAACAUGGGAAGCUCCAACCCCCGGCCUGUGGAGGGAACACUUCUUCCACCCCCUCGACCCUCUCCUCACAUUCACUAUGAAAAUGUGGACCUGCUUACAAACCUCAAUUCAGUGGAGGAGAGCGAGGAGGAAAGGGAAAAGCAGGAAGAAGAGAUAAAACCUGUAGAAGAGUUCAACAUCAUCCCUCCAAUUUCAGAGAAAGCUACGGUCACUAAUCUGGGCUCGGAGACGGGCAGAGUUCACAGCCAGGCCUCAACCCCUUACGCCUCUCUGCUUUUGCUAAUGCUGCUGAUGCUGCUGACUGCCCUCAGCAGGGGGUAGAACUCACUUACUCAAUCACACACACUCACACACACACUCACACACACACACACACACACACACACACACACACAUACCCUCUCUCCUAAAUAGCCAUUCACACCCAGACUCUAAGACUUUAUUCUGAGGGAUGGAGAGAAGGCACGAAAGAAGAAUGACAUGAGAUGAUAUCAGAUGAGACGAGAAGCGGACAGGAAAGCCCUCAUUCACUACUGUCCUUUCCUUUCAGUCUGUUUCUACUUCUUAAAAAAGAUGGCCGUGUGUACCAGUCAUUGCUUGUUCACUGGGAAUCACUUAAUCUGAUUUCAUACCAGAAUUGUUCUGAAUCCACUGUUCAUGGUUUAUAAUUCAUGACUCAUUGGACUGAAUUGAAUGGGGUAUCAUGACUGACUGUGAUGGAGUGAAUCAGUGAAUCAGUGGUGUAAUGUAUCUGUCGUGUGAUUCACCUUUGCUUUGCUUAUGCUGGCUAAAUGUCAGUCAGCAUUAUUGCUGUUUA